CACGAAAUCCCCAAUCGUUUCUUCUCUUCUUCAACAAUCUUAUAAUGGAGGAUCCAGAUAAAAUAAUGCCGUCCGAGACGGAAUUCCCAGUGCCGCCGACGUAUGAGAAGGCCGAUGAGAUCCAAGAGUUCGACGCGUCGGGACAGCUGGUCACAACCGUGACGGUGCUCCGCGGGAGCCUCGUCAAGUACGUUGGGUAUUCUUACGGGGAUUCUUCGUUAUUGCCCCCUGAGUACCUGGCCAAGUACCCGGAGAGUCGCGUUUAUGUAUCUAUCCCAACGAGGUCGCACUCAUGGGCGAAGAGUUUCAUGGAGAUAUUCCUACCAGCUGGGUAUCCCAAUAGUGUCACAGAGGACUAUAUGGAAUAUCAGAUCUAUGACUCGCUCCAAGCGUUCUCAAGCUCCAUAGCCGGCCUCAUCGCCUCCCGCGCUGUCCUUGAAGGCGUUGGAGUCGGCGACGCCACCGCCUCCCCAACAACCGCCCUCCUCCUCUCCGUCCUCCAAGAUUCCACCGGCCGCAUUGCCACCAUAUUCUUCGCCGCGCGCCUCGGCCUCUCCCUCGAGCCCGAGUGCAAGCGCUGGCGCCUCGUCGCCGACAUCUUCAACGACGCCGCCAUGAUCCUCGACUGCCUCUCCCCGGCCUUCCCCAAGCCGCUGCGCGUCAGCCUGCUCAGCGCAUCCGCUGCUUUGCGCGCCCUCUGCGGCGUCGCCGCCGGCUCUGCAAAGGCAAGUCUGAGCGCGCACUUUGCUAAGAGUGGUAAUCUGGGCGAGCUGAACGCUAAAGACUCCUCCCAAGAAACCAUCAUCUCCCUCCUCGGCAUGCUCGUCGGCACCGCCCUAAUCCCGUACCUCACCACCCCCCUCCAAACCUGGACCGCCCUCCUCCUCCUCCUCUCCAUCCACCUAACCACCAACUACUUCGCCGUCCGCGCCGUCAGCAUGCGCACUCUAAACCGCCAACGCGCCUCCCUCCUCCUCCGCCCCCUCCUCUCCCCACCCAUCAGCCCCGCCCCUCUCCCUGCCCUCCCUCCAAACCCCAUUGCCAGUCCCUUACAGAUCUCACAACUAGAAACCAUAAUCCACCUCGACCCCUCCUCACUGCACGAUCCAAACCCAGCACACGCCUCCUUCGUCCCCCUCGCCACCGUCCUCUCCCACGCCUCGCGCGGCCCGAACCCAAUAAGGCCACACAUCCUCCUCAGCAUCUUCGCCGCGGAAUCCUACAUCCUCUACUUCGACCGAUACACCCGUCACGCGUUCAUAGCGCUCAAAUCGUCCGCCACAGCGUCGACGGCCUUGCGCUCCUGGUUCUGCGCCAUGGAGUGCGCGCACAUGGACGACGGUGCGUGGGCGGGCGGAUGGAGCGGUGGGCAUUCGUGGGAGCCUAUGCGUGGGGGUAAGGAGGGCGCGGAUUCCGCGGCGCUGGGGGGGUGCGUGAAGCGCGUGGCGAGGGUGUGGCCGGUGAUUGAGGAGGGGUUGAGGGGGGAGGGGUGGGAUGUUGGUACUAAUGCGCUUGAGACGAGGGCGGGGACGCGGUUUAGUGUUGUGGGGGGGAGGAGAGGGAGAAGUGGGAGUGGUGGCAGGAGUGGGUGGUGGAAAAGAGGGAAACGCGGUUGAUGGAGAGUAGGACGAAGGAGAAGAAGGGGGAGGAGGUUAAGAAAGAUAUGGUGCUGUCGCCGGCGCCGUGGUCUAUCUUUGGGGCUUUGGGCAGGAGAAGCAAGAGUUCGGAAACUAUGUUGCUGGUUCAAUCACCUAUAAAGGAAAUAGCGAGCGAGGCACCUAGCGAGGCAACAAUAACCUCAACAACAUCACCCGCCUCAGAAGCCGGCUCAUAUACACACCGAGGAAAACACCGCCUACGGAAAUGGCUCUCCUCCACCCUCCUCGGAAGUCAAGCGCCACGCGGAAGGGAAGACAGGAACAGUGACGCGUCUUCCUCCUGGAAUGAAAGACCAUCGACCGAGAAACCCUCCCACGACGUCCUCUCCGAGAAAGCAGCUCUAGAAGCAGCAGCGACUGUCAAACCCUCCCCCUCCUCCGUCCUCUCCGAGAAAGCAGCGCUAGAAGCAGCAGCAGCAGAAGCCCGGAACCACGCCGGCAGCUCAUCCGAACCCCCCCCGCCCUAUUCCGAACACUCCACGAAGGAAACCGUGGAUGAGGGAGGCGAGAGCACUGGAAACACCGAGUGAGAUAAAAAGGCUAGAACGGCCUAGGGAAAGAGCGACUGACGUAAAGGGGCUAGAACGGCCCAGGGAAAGAGCGUUGGAAGAGGGUAGGGACACAUAUAUCCCGAGGGAAGGUGCGACUGGGGAUGUAGAUCCGUUUUCUGGGAAGGAGCGAAGGGUAGGGUAGGUAGGGAAGGAGCGACUGAGGAAGUAGAUGAGUUUUCUGGGGAAAAGCGAAAGGUAGAGAAGGUAGGGAAGGAGCGACUAGGAGAGUAGAUGAUGUCUUGCUGGGAAGGAGCGACUGGGGGGAAGUAGGGUGGGUUUAUUUUGUGGGAAGGAGCGAUUGAAGGAUAUGGAGUUCAGGUCCUUGGGCGCGCAUUUUGGGGGGUUUUAAAAGGGUCAAAUGGGAUGGGUAUGGGUAUGGAUAUACGGAUAGAUGAGAUCAAUGAGAUAAAUGAAUGACACGUAUGCAUAGACGCGUUGUAGUUCGCGCGUCUUCUGCCUGUUAUAUGGGUGUCUGCCUGCCUAUAUGCCCAUCUACCUACGUGCCUACUGCCUCCAAACCCUCUAUUGCACCUUCCCUACUUUUCCCACCCCUCGCUCCUUCCCAGAGUACUCACUCCUUAAUCGCACCUUCCCUCAAGUGUGGCCUGCUGUGUUGUUCCUCACCCCCUCACCUCCCCACAGUCCUCGCAUUUCUCACAAUCAGACACGAGAGACGAGAGU